AUGCGCGUACUCAUCACUGCUGCCACUGCUGCCGCGGUCCAGUUUGCUGCCGGUGCGGUCGAUCUCAAGAGCGUCAAGCACGUCUCAACCGCAAACACCGUACCCGGGUCGUACAUCGUCACUCUUGCUCAGGGAUCCCACCUCAAACGUGGUUUCUCGUCUCCACACGCCGAGCUUUACCAUGAACUCAACGCACGGGGAACCAAAUACCAAGUGAGCAAGGAGUGGAACGAUGCUGGGCUUUUGAUCGGUGCUGCCGUCAAGCUUGGCAACGAUGUGGACUUGGUUAAUCUGGCGCAAGCGAGUGGCGUCCAGGCAAGUGAUGAGAGGUCCAUUACUCCUGUCUACCUUCAUCCCGGUCCAAAGCCAGUGUUCAAGACCGUCGUUGGGGCGUCGAACUCGACUGCGGCCAAGGAUACAUUCUCAACUCACGUGAUGACCGGUGUCGACAAACUUCAUGCCGAUGGGUAUUUUGGAAAGGGUAUUACAAUCGGUAUUAUCGACACCGGCAUUGACUACACCCAUCCUGCGCUCGGCGGCAAGUUUGGUCCGGGAAACAAAGUGAUUGGCGGAUACGAUUUUGUUGGUGAUGCCUACACUGGUCGAGAUGGCACUCCUGCUCCUGCCCCAGAUGACGAUCCCCUUGACCAAUGCAAUGGUCACGGCACUCACGUUGCAGGUAUUAUCGGAGCUGACCCCACCAAUCCAUACAACAUCUCAGGUGUUGCGUACGAGUCUUCGAUCAAUGCUUACCGUGUGUUUGGCUGCGACGGCUCUGUCCCCGAUGAUAUCCUUAUCGACUCGCUCCUCCGUGCUUACAAGGACGGAAAUGAUGUCAUCACUCUUUCUCUUGGUGGUGCAGAUGGAUGGACCGAAGCUGUUUCGGGCGUUGUAGCAAGUAGGAUUGCCGAUGCUGGUCGUAUUGUCACAAUUGCUGCGGGUAACGACGGCCAGUAUGGUUCCUGGUACACUUCCGGGCCUGGAACUGGUCUAAGCGUCAUUUCGGUCGGAAGCGUUGACAACACUGUUACGACCGUACAAAACGCCGUUGUUUCUAACGGACGUGAGAUUUCAUACCUUGGUCUGGCAACUCUUCCCAUCCCUGCUGGCCUUGCUCUCUACGCUACUUCUUCCGACACAACUGUUGCCGAUGACGCUUGCAACCCUCUCCCAGCUACUACUCCUGACUUGUCUAACAGGCUUGUCAUUAUCCGUCGUGGAACUUGCACUUUUGUCUCGAAGUUAGACAACGCGGCCAAGUUUGGGGCAAAGUACUUCUUGAUUUACGAUAACAAGGACCAGACCUUGUCUAGCAUAUCUACUGGCGAUUAUGUCGCCGCGCUCAUAUCUCAGCAGGAUGGUGUAUUUCUCGUCACGGGAGCCGCUCCCCAAAACCUUACUAUUUCGUUCCCUAAUAACCCCGACACAAUUCCUGUUCCUGGUGGUGGCCUCAUGUCCUCAUUCAGCACUUACGGUCCAACCAACGACAUGUACUUCAAGCCUGCCGUCUCGGCUCCUGGCGGAAAUAUUCUCUCGACUUAUCCCGUCCCUCUGGGCGCAUAUGCAAUUCUCUCUGGAACAUCGAUGGCCACUCCAUUUGUCGCUGGUUCCUCUGCUCUUUUGCUCCAAAUCAAGGGUAAGACCGCCACGACUGCCAAGCUGGCCCGUACCCUCUUCGAAAACACCGCGAUUCCCGUUCAACAAACUACCUCCAAUACCAGCUUGCUCGAGACUGCUUCGCACCAGGGUGCCGGAUUAAUCCAGGUCUAUGAUGCGAUCCAUACAACCGGUGUCUUGACGCCAGCCGAGCUGUUGGUGAACGACACUGCAAACUUCAAGGGUACUCAGAUUGUCAAGAUCACGAAUAAUAGUAAGAAGCCUGUGACGUAUACCUUGAGCCAUGUUCCGGCAGGUACUGCCCCUACUAUUGAUGGAAUUGAGCCUAUCCUGGGACCUGUUCCAUUGGUCAACAGUCCUGCAACUGUGACUAUUGUUCCCAAUAAAAUCAUCAUUCCUGGUGGCCUCACCUUGCCCGUUGUUGUCAGCAUAAAGCCCCCUACUGGUCUCGAUGCUAAGACCUUCCCUGUCUAUUCUGGUUAUAUCAAGGCCAAGGGCUCCGACGGCUCAUCUCUUCAGUCGACUUACCUUGGUGUCGCUGCGCCGCUGAAGGAUGCGAAGGUUCUUGAUAACACAGACUCGUAUUUCAACGUCAAGCUUCCGCUAGCAACGGACAAGGACGGCAACCCGAUCUCGGGACCGACGACUUAUACCCUGAACGGCACUGAUAGUCCUCUUGUCCUCUACCGCCUCGUAUGGGGUACUCCACUGCUCCAGAUAGCACUUGUUGAUGCCAAGGCGAAUAUCACCACCAACCAACGUCGUUCCACCGAAAUCUCUGCCGAGUUGGGCGUUCGUUCUCUGUCCCUUCCCCACUCCACUAUCAAUAAGCGCUCCAUCUGGAGCUGGCUCUUCCCAUGGCUCAACCAGGGUCCGGGAACAUUUGGCAAAGUCCCGAUAAAGGGCGUGCUAUACCAGGAGGACUAUAUCUCGCGCAAUUCUGCCGGCGCUACAGCCGAUACGAACGGAUAUAGUGCAUUCCAAGCUACGCAGUUUGCGAAUGGCACUGCUAUCCCCGAUGGUUCCUACAAGAUUCUACUGCGCGCACUAAAAAUCACUGGCAACCCGACAAAUGAGGAAGACUACGAGGUCUGGACUAGUCCUGUGAUCAAUGUGAAGAGGACAUAG